AAGGCAGGUGAUUCUAGAAGCAGUCAAUCCCAUCGUCGAGAUCCCAAGGGCUCCCUCACUCAUGCAGCUACACUUGUGUUCGAGAACAUACCUCGCCUUCCUCAGCAGCUCCAAUACGUACGUACCUACAUAGUGCUGCUGGUGUGCCUGUAACGAGGUCAAUCUGAUUCACAGCUGCCGAAGCUCUGGCGAUGGCGAGCUGGAGAGCGAAAGGGCGAGCCCGGGUCCUCGUUGCACGGAGUCACAGGGUGGGAGCCUGUGAUCGCAGCGACCGUGCUCAUGGUGGGGGAAGGGGAGGGAGGGACGAGCGAGACACGAGGCAGGAGGUAGAGCAUCAUCAUCCUCGUGGACUCGGAGCAUAAGGCCAGGACCCCGAGGCUGCAAAACUCAUUCGAUCGCCGCGACUCAGACUCGGACGUUCACUUUGUUCUGGCCCUCGUUCAUGAUGGGCUUCUUCUCGAUCCCCACGUCCGCGACGACGACCUCAGCUUGACCCAGGGCGAUCGCUUCGGUGUCCGGGUCGAUCGUCUGCGUCCUCGUCGGGCGUCAUGAGGCUGUCUUCUGUAUGCGCCCCGGUUCAUCCUGAUUCGGUUCUUCAUCGGCUGGGGCUGGUGACGAUCGUCUCGUGCCAGUCAGUAGUGGAUGAGCUCCAUGUUCAGCAGCACAAUUGUGGGCCUGGCCGCCGGCAUGGCCGCCGGCUGGGGGAAUUACACAAUCGAUUAUGCCCCUGAUUUCGAUGUCACCAGCCUUGACGUCAGAGCCCGGCGGGAGCUACACCCUCUGGAGCCUCGCCUUCUAAGUGCCCGGUGCACUUCACGUCGCCAGCUUCCUUUUCGUGCCCUCCUUGGGCCGGGACCUCCCCACCUCCCCCCGAUGGCAACUACACCGCCCUGGAACGGGAUGGCGAAAAGGUCAACGACGGCUUCUCUUGGGCGAGGGUCGGACCUAAUUCUGUCCGCUGAUUCUACACCCCAUCUCCAUAAAUUGGUUUCCAUUCUCCCGAUCCGAUCCGAUCCGCGUAGACCCCGCAACCUCCAGAAGAAAUCGCAAAUUGUGUAUGUACAGCUCUCACUCAGUCCCAUUGAAGGUUUUGCUUUGAGCGAAUUAUUUAUCGUUCGGAGUCCUCGAUCUAUCGUUUCUCUGUCAUUCGUCUCGUCCGCUGAAGACAUGACGAAUGAACACCAGCUGUGGCAUAUUGAGGAUGAAUAAAUCUGAUUAUGAACUGAUGGUCGCAGCAAAGCGAAUAUGUGCAUAGAGCAAUCGAGAACGCGUGAAAGACUACAUCGGGUCAUGCUUUCACAUGGACGCAGAAUCAUCGUGUUCAUCGUCGUGAAGGCCAAUCAUUCCUUAUCCUUGUGAAGUAUCUAUGAAUUCAUUCAUUGGUAGCUGCUGAUGUAGAUUCUUCUGUACGCUGCACCCUCGGAGUAGAGCAGACCGUGGUCAGCAUCAUCAAGGACUAUCUCUAUGAUGAUCGGUUGAAUCUGAACUGUCAGAAGGCUGGAAUUUUCAUCAGCUUCCGCUCUGAGGCUCAUGAACGUCGUAUCUCGUUCUCUGGGAGGAAAUGGAAUAUAUGUGAAGUUGUCAUGAGUAAACUGAAGGAGAGGAGGAAGCCUCUCAGACUUUCACGAAGAGACCAAGAAGAUGCUAUCACCCAUAUGUUCCUCAAUAUGUGCAUGCUGUCAAAACUUAAAUAUCAAUAGACCAUCAACUAGAAACAUCCACAUGUAACUUCGAUUUCAGGUCGACCUCUGGGGUCGAAAUAUAAUGAUCGGAAUAUAAUCCUCGAAGUAUUCAUAUCAGAUUACAUUGAUUUGGAUACAAGGUUCUAAUUUCAAAUGCUUUAAGCGUUAGGAGUCUAGUUUGGACAAUCUUGUGAGUAAUUCGGGAGGAUUAAUUUUGUCACCGUCCAGACCAGGGCAUUCUUUUGUUCUGUAUCCAUGAGAUGCCGUGAGCAUCAGUCAUUGAAUUUGGAAGUCUGAUGGACACACCAUGUUUCUGUCCAGCUAGUUUGUAUUCAGUAAGAACCU